AUGUCCCAUCCUGAUAUAGACCCUUAUGUUGCAUUGGGCGUGCCCAGGGACGCUACUCUCGCGGAAGUCCGGGCCGCCCAUCGCAAACGAGUAUUGAAAUGUCAUCCCGAUAAGAUUCAAGAUCAGGCUCAGCGAGAUGUCGCCCAGGAGGAAUUCCAAGAGGUACAAGCGGCCUACGAACUUCUGUCCGAUCCAGAUCGCCGACUUCGCUAUGACCAAAAGGUGAAACUGGCAGACUUAAAACGACAGUUGGAGAAAGAACAACGAGCUAAGCACGCGGAAAUGGCGGCACGUGGGAUGGCAUCCCCGCGCGAGAUGCGCGAGGGCCACAUUGUGGAGGAGCGCGUGCCUUUUGACGCUUUCUUUGAAGAUCAACGAUUCAGUGAAGAGCCUCGAUCCUUCGCUCGCAAGGCCGACGAGUUCGGUGGGAAACGACCCAAGGCGAAGGAAGAGAAGAAGAAGACCCGAGUUCCAAUGAGCAGCGAACGUGCUGCCAAGGAAUCUCGCGAUAGUACCAAAGCCUCACACUCUGAGCGACAACGACGCCGCGACAAAGAACGACGGGGACAACAAUCCGAUAAAUACGAAUCUUUUGGUCCGUUUGUGGUGUCCGACGGGGAUUCCGAUUCCAGUGAUACUGAAGCUUAUGAUCCCAAGCCAUCUCGUCGGGCUCGAGAGUCUCGCUCUCGGCCCACAGAGUUCUCUUCUCGACGUCGCGACCGCGAUGUCCGGGAUGUCUACGAAGAGGAUCAAUAUUACAAGCUUAGCCGGGCCGAGGAACACAUUGAGCGUUCGAAGUAUGAUGAUUCUCGACCCCGGAUGUCUCCACAGCGAUCCCGUGGUUACGAGUCAGCUGAACCAGAGACUGCCGCUCCCCGGCGCUCGGGACGGUCCUCCCGGACGGACCCAACUCGCUCCUCUUCGCGCCACAACUCCUCAUAUGAAGACCUGGAGCCCCGCUACGAUUCGGGAAAGCCGCCUAAGAUGCCCACUGCGACAACAAUGCCGGGUCCCAAGACAUCGCUUCGCCCGACAUUGUUCGGAGGAGGUCGCUCGGCAACCGCCUCGGCAUACACUCGCCCAAAGCGGGACUCAUCUCGCAGUCGGACUGAUGACAUUCUGCACAAGAUGGCCAGUGAGACUGUCCCGCCCCCUCCACGUUCAUCCAAGCUACGUGAAAAAUACGACUCGGGCUACUCUAGUCCCAACACUCCCGAACUCCCACCCAAGGGUUCUCCAAAGGUUACAGCUCGGUACAAGAUCGAGGACCCUAUCAUCAUCGAACCCUCCAAGCCUUCCAGGUACCGUACUCUCUCGCCUGAAAGGGAACGAGAGCGUCCACCUCGCAUGGCUCCUCCCAAGCGGGCAAGCACCUUCCAAUCAUUCAUGAGCGAAUCAGGUCCUCGCAUCGAGGUCCGCUCUGUACGACCCUCCCGACCCCACGGCAACGUGGAAUACUCCCCACCCAUCCGAAGUGAAGACGUCAAAUACACCCGGGAAAUCCGGCCCAGUGACAUCAACACCUCGCCCAGUCACAGUAAUUAUUAUAGCGAACGUGUCCGCCCACUACGCCGAAGCUCCGUGGCCUAUGCGCAAUGA